AUGAUGCUAGACUUCCUGAAAAAGGGAAAUGGCGUGCAAGGAUCUGACAUCAAGCUCAUCAGUCAUAGUAAAGUUAAGGUCGCCUCAAAAACUUCGGAAUCAACACGUUCCGUUAGCGUGAAAAGGGCUCAAUGCACUUGCUGUGGCACUCUAUUGCAUUUUCCUAGCAAUGUCCCCAAAUUUAAAUGUGCGAUAUGCCAAAUAACAGUAACAUUAGCGGAGGAGGAACCAAAUAAGGUAAAUGAUUGCACUGGUAAAUCAUCUAAGCUGAGUUUAAAUGGUCUAAAUGAAAAAAUAGGGGAAUGUUUGAAUAACGGUAAAGAGUGGAGCACUAUGAGCAAAGAGCAAAGAUGCACGACACUUGAGCCUGUCACAACUUAUUUAUCUUUAGGGUUUAGAGAUAAGCAAACUUUGCAAAAUUCCUUUAGAAGCUCUGAAAAGCACGAAUCGGUCGACUAUGUGCAGUUGAAUAGUUUUUACAAUGCUGUAUUGGAGUUGCCUUCCCGAAGACCUUUUUUUCGGAUGCUUUGUUCUUGCAACGACCUUUUAAAGAAGCCUGGCGAAUUAAUUGAAGAUUUUCAUUGGAUUUUAGUCAUAUUUUCGAAUCCAAUGGUAAGACAGUGUUUAGUUUUCAAGGACAGUAAAGUUUCCGAGUCGCCCCAUAUACGAUCCGUAUCAUAUGAACUGACGAAAAGGUGUAUUGGAUAUCUAUCAAAUAUCCCGGAAGGAAAAUCGCUGGAUAGGCUAGUACAUUAUUUUAAAUAUUCAAAAAUCGAUAUAUUUCGGAACCAUGUUGAGACACUGAAUUUGUACAUCACUUUUCAACUUUUAAGAAUUUUGCACAAGCAUGACGGACAAGCGACUAAUUCAACUAGAAAUAACGAGAUUUUUGAUGUUUCUGAACACUACAAUAAUGCAGAUAGUGGCAAUAUACUAGAGGAAACUAAGAAAAAUAUGUGGAACUCCAAGAGCGGCACAAUAAUCAACUCAAAAAAUUUUAAAUUUAAACUAUUUGAAUAUGAAAACGAUUGGCAUAUUAGGACAGCGACUAGAUUGAUGAUGCUUCUCCAUAAAACAAACAACAGACGUAAAACCUUAUUGAAUAUCGAAUUUUCGAAUUCAGGGGAAUUUUAUAACAUGAUGCUUGAUUUUAUUGAUUACAAAACCGAUUUCGAUAAAUGGAAGGGAUUAACGAGCGACCGCUUGAAAGCAUUUACAGAACUUAAUUUGUUCAAUGGCAAAAGAUUUACUCUUUGCAAUUACCCGUUUUUAUUAUCACUUGGGAUAAAAAUUUCUAUAAUGGAAUAUGAAAUUCGAAGGAUUAUGGAGUAUGAGGCUGAACAAGCCUUUUUAAGCUCCCUAGAUAAAGGUAAAACGGUAGCAGUUUAUUUAAAAAUCAAGGUGCGUCGGGAGCAUAUAGCGAGUGAUUCCUUAAGAUGCAUCAAAAGCCAUCAAAGUGACUUGAUGAAAUCCCUGAGAGUUGAGUUCAUUAAUGAACCGGGUAUCGAUGCAGGUGGGCUAAGAAAGGAAUGGUUUUUCUUAUUAACAAAAUCUUUGUUCAAUCCAAUGAAUCGGCUUUUCACAUAUAGUGAAGAGAGCUUUUUUUCGUGGCCCUCAAUCAAGCCAAUUGUCUUCGAAGACGAGGGAGGUUCGCAACAGAAUGAAGAGCUCUAUUAUUUGUUCGGAAUCGUACUAGGCCUGGCAAUAUUCAACAGUACAAUCUUAGAUUUACAAUUCCCUAGAGCGUUUUAUAAAAAAUUAACCGGAGAAACAAUAUCUUUCAAUGAUUACCUAGAGCUCUACCCCAAGACAGGUGCAAAUUUAUUGAAGAUGCUGGAAUAUGACGGUGAGGAUUUUUUUGACACAUUUGGUGUCUAUUUCGAAAUUACAAUUCAGGAUAAUAAUUUAGAAAUUGAGAAAGGAAAUGGAAAGGAACAGGUAGGAAUUGGGGGAAAGAAAAAAGGAAAAAAUUUUGUUAAUUUUGAGUUAUGCAGUGGUGGCGGGGACAUCAAGGUAACUCAGCAGAAUAAGAAAGAGUUUGUCAACAAAUGGGUCGAUUUUCACAUGAACCAAAGCAUAAAAAGGCAAUUCAGUCAAUUCAAUAUAGGUUUCCAUCAAGUCUUUCAAAAUUGCGUGGCAAUAGAGCUUUUCAACUCGGAAGAACUAGAAAAACUUGUUUGUGGAAAUCAGGAGAAUAAUUGCUAUGAUUUUCAGAUGCUGAGAUCGGUGACAAAAUAUCUAGGUGGGUUUACAGACAAAAGUAAGGUGAUAAAUUGGUUUUGGGAUAUCAUUGACGGUUGGGAUUUAACAAUGCAAAAAAAGCUGCUACGCUUCAUCAGUGGAGCUGAUCGAGUUCCUCCCACUGGUAUGUCGACAUUACCUUUCAGAAUAUCUAGACUUGGGAAUGGCAGUGACAGCAAUAAACUGCCUCUCGCACACACAUGUUUCAACGAACUUUGCAUUUGGGAGUAUAGUUCUAAAAACAAGCUAGAAAAUAAGCUUUGGUGGGCCGUUACACAGUCGGAGGGUUACGCAUUUAAGUAA